GUCGAAGCUGUCAUGUGAUUAUAUUUUUCACCUGACUGACAUUUUUCUUCGCAAAUUUCUUCAACUUCAAUUCGACGACGGCUGAAAAUUUGUAAGUUUUCCGUGAGGAAAAUUGUACGAGGUUUAAGAAGAAAAGUCACCGUUUACCUUUCAGUGUAACACAAAUAAAUAAAUCAGCAAAAAUGAAAAUUUGUGGUCCAAAAUUGUCGCUCUGCGGUUUGAUCAUCUCCGUUUGGGGAAUCAUACAAUUGGUGUUGAUGGGUGUUUUCUUCUUUAUACACAGUGUUGCGCUAAUUGAAGAUUUGCCUAUCAAAGAAGAAUACACAUCUGUAGAAGAAUUCUAUACUGCAGCCAAUGCUGCGUAUAACCAGAAUGCCUACAAUUGCUGGAUUGCUGCCUGCAUCUAUGUGCUGACUCUAUUGUUGUCCGCCCAACAAUUCUAUGUCAACAGCAGAGCAACUGCCAAUUAAUUUAAGAGACCGAGUAACAUAAAACCUAACAAACCUAAAAAAUCAACAACCACUUGUUUAGUUCGUUGACGUAUUAUGUUCUAAAUUUCGCCACCGUCAUCUUAUAUUGUUGAAGUUGUAGCUAGCAGCCAUCUCUAAAUAAAAAAACGCAGCUCAGGUUGUGUCAAGCAUUGCGGAGACAUUAAGUGGGAGCAAUUAUGGAGUACUGCAACACAGUGUGUCACCUCAAGUUCAUCAGCGUCGUCGUUAUUGUUGAUUUUUUUUUUUAAUUUUACUAAGCGGUGUCUGCAGUUAUCAAUGCAAGAAUAUAGUUUUACAAAACCAUUGAGUAACUCUUUAA